AUGUGUCACAAAACCCUGCUCUACCGUCGAAGGUACGGUAAAAGUCGUCUGCUUGAACAUGUUCGAACACUUUGGGAAAGACCAGUGAAGAAGUGCAAAUUGUGCGACUUCAAAGCUUCGUCAGCUAGGAAGGUAAUCUAUCAUCACAAGAACACACAUCCAAAUCAACCUUACUCGGGAGUUCUUUCGACGGAGUCUAAGGAGGAUUUGGACGAUCUACUGAAGUUGUGGCAACAAUGUUUUCCAGGUACCUCGGAGUACAAAUAUAUCGGUGGACCACUUCCCAGCACUCGUAAAAGUAUAUGCCAAUAG